AUGUCGGCACAGAACAAAGUCAACAAUCUGCACAAGCAACUCUUCGAAGAAGGUCUCAAAGUCCGACGCGAAGUUGUGGGAGACACAUAUGUCGAUCGGGCUCUCGCGAACGGGUCAACUGAAUUCUCCCGUCCCGGCCAAGAACUAGUCACUGAAUGGUGCUGGGGAUAUGCCUGGACUCGACCCGGUCUGGAGAGACGGGAUCGCAGUUUACUCAACAUCGGCAUGUUGAUGGCUUUGAAUCGUGCGCCAGAGCUGGCGGUGCAUAUCCGAGGUGCUCGCAACAACGGUCUGAGCGAGGUUGAAAUCCGGGAAGCUAUUCUUCAUGCGACGACAUACUGUGGUGUUCCAGCUGGUGUUGAUGCUAUGAAAAUUGCCGAGAGGACGUUAAACGAGAUGGCGGAUAAUGGGGAGAAGGAGCGGGAAUUGGGAGCUAAGGCUCAAUUCUGA